UUUUUUUUUUUUGCUAUCUUACUCUUUAGUUUUUUCCAGAAAAUAACUCUUCUGCAGACAGCCCCUGAAGAGCUAAGCCCUUGAGUUCUGUUACGUUUGCACAGUUUGCAGGAUGAGCAGGAGAACUCCUCUGUGGUCAGGGGCGGUGUGGCUUGCGGUCCUGUUGACCACAGCGCAGGGUCAGGACAAGGAUUCGUGCCGGGUUCGCGACGGGCAGCCUGGGCUGGUGGGGGCGACAGGCAGAGACGGGAGAGCAGGGCCGAAGGGAGAGAAAGGAGAGCCAGCCCCUCAGGGUCCCAAGACAGGAUUGAACAACAAGGGAGACCCAGGGGAGCGCGGACCUGAAGGCCCGACGGGCCCCAAGGGGUUCAACGGGCCACUGGGGAAUCUGGGGCUCUCGGGACCAACUGGGAAGAGUGGGGCCAAGGGAGAAGCAGGGAGCUCAUCGCUCAAUUACCGCUCUGCUUUCUCUGUGCUGCGUACCCUGGCCUCAAAGCCCAAGGGUAAGGUGGUGUUUAACCAGGCUGUCACCAACACAGACGGGGACUACGACACCAGCACGGGCAUCUUCACCUGUAUGAAACCCGGCUUCUACUACUUUGUGUACCACGGCAUGUCCACUGGUAACCUGUGUUUGAGUCUGAAGAGCAAUGCUGAGGGCUGGGGGGACGACAAGGAGGUGGUGGGAUUCUGCGACUACAACAAACACAGCAGCACCCAGGUGAACUCUGGGGGCACUGUGCUGAAGCUCAAGAAGGGUAACAAGGUGUGGCUGGAGGUCAGCAAUGACCUCAACAACAUGGCCACCUCCUCUGACACCCCCAGCAUCUUCAGUGGGUUCCUGCUCUUCCCAGUCAAUGAUUAGUGUCCCACGCACGGGGGUUCAAAGCGCUAGAUCGGAAUUCUAAGAUAAAACUGUAAAACAGCUUACUGCAAAGACACGAGCAGAAACGCUUGCCUGCUUGACUCACAGUUCCUUACAGUUGUAUGUGCUAAACAGGAUCGAUAGUAGAAUGCCGUCGGAAAUUUGAGCACGCAAAAUAGAUUUGGUUAGAAUGUGCAUCUGAAGCAGUUUCAGACUUGUUCUGUAAUGUCUUAUUUAGCACUUCUUUUGUAUCUGCGCAAUGUUAACUACGUAUGUGUAAAUGACUGCCUGAAGGGGUGGGGUGGCGGUCCGGGGGUGAGAUGAUAUUAACAAAUGCAUUAAAUGUCUUGAACACUGUGCUUGCUUUCCAGAAACAAAUCAAUAAAAAGUUAUAAUGCAA